AUGACAACACGAAAACCACUUUCUGGCAAAACGUUUUGUUUUACAGGAACUGAACUAGAAGAACGAAGAGAAUUAGAAGAGAAAGUUGAAGCAUUAGGAGGAACGUACUAUAGCGAUCUAAUGAGUGAUGUGCAUUACUUAGUUGUGUCCGAACGAUAUACCAGUAAAUACAAUUUCUGUAUUCGAUAUCGAGUUAGAAUGGAAUUCAUUGCCCCGGAAUCAAUUGCUAAAUUACAUAAAUAUUGGAUUGAUGGAGAAGAAGAUGGACUGGAAAAUUUAAAUAUUGAUAACUAUAUCUUACCCAUAUUUUCAGGUCUACAAGUUUGUUUUGGAAGAUUGGAUUUAUCUUCAUCAGAAGUGUCAAAUUUAAUUGAUUCUUGUGAGUUUAGACAUAAAGUUAGUAAUGAAUAUUUUAAUCCUAGGAAUUUGAUGGCCCUAGUGAAACAAAAUGGUGGAAUCGUUUCGGAGAACUUAACCCAUGGAGAUGCUUGUUUUAUAACUACCGAAAGAAGAGGGAAUAGAUAUACAGAAGCAGUUAAUCGGAAAAUGCCAAUUAUACAUCCAAUUUGGAUUUAUGAUAGCAUUAUUCGAGGGGGGGCCAUGCGCUUUGAAGAUUAUUUAAUCAAGAAUGAUCCAGAUGAAGUUUAUCGUGAUGGUUGCAAAGUCUGGGACUUAGUUGUGAAUCAAAAGAGAAAUAUGGAACAAGCUAAACGGUCAUUAUUAACAGCAUCAACAACUGCUUCUCCCACUGAAGUGGAAGUUUCUAGAAAGAUAACGAAAAAGAAAAAUGGUGUCCAAAUAUGGAAUUCUAUUAUUGAACAUACUAAAAAGAACACUAAUAAACUAAUACCCGAUAAAACCUGGGAUGAUGAUGCCAACAGUGAUGACGAGAAUGCAAACAGAACAAGUUCUGCCGUUAGUAUAGCAAUCUCCAAAGAAAGUGAGAAACAAGAUAAAGUUAAUCAAUUGUUUUUAGGGUUCAGUUUUAUGUUAGUGGGAUUUACUUCACGUGAGUCCAGUAUACUAACGAAGGCAAUUGAGAAUUUGCUGGGUGAAUUGACUACUGAUAGUGAUGAUGAUUCAAUUACACAUAUCGUGAUACCUGCGCUGAAGGGAUCACAAUCAAAACUGAUGUUAAGUAUCUUACCUCACGGAAUCAAGCUGAAGAUUGCCAAUGGACUUGUCAAAAUCGUAACAGAAUGGUUUGUGGAGAGAUCGAUGUAUUAUAAAAAAGUCAUGACUGACAGAUGGUGUUUUCCAAUGAAAGGAUUAAAGAAAUCAAAUAAACCAUUCAAGAUUUGUAUUUCAGGUUUCACCGGAAUUGAACAACUACAUAUUGAAAAACUCAUUCAAUUCUUAAAUUUUGAAUUUUGUGAAUCAUUAACAUCGGAAAGAGAUUUAUUAGUAUUGAAUAUUAAUUUAUUUAAACCGGGGUUAAUUAAGAAUUCACCAAAUCUUUUCAAGUAUAAACAUAAAGAUAUCAUCAAUUGUCCGACAUAUCAAUCAGGUUCCUCAUCUUCUGUUUCAUUGAUUUCUUCCAAAAAUAAAAUAAAUGCUGCAAAAAAAUGGAAAAUUCCAAUUGUUUCAUUGGCAUAUCUUUGGGAAAUUUUAGAAUUGCUGCAAAAUUCAAAUACGGUGGUUAUGCCAGAUAUUCUAGAUUUACAAUGGUGUAUAUUUGCACCUGAUAAUUAUAGCAAACCGAAGUCUUUAUUAGAAUAUGUUAAUAAUUUAAGUGAACCAACAGGAGAAACAGAUACUCAAGAUAUUCCAGCUGAUCAGGGGAUCCCCAACAGGAAGAAAUCUUCAGAAGAUGAUAAUGAUAGUCUAGUUAAAUUACCAUCGCCAAGAAAAGGUAGACUGAAACAAAAGUAUGGAAGACUAGUUGGUCGUGAACAUACAGAAUCCAUGACUAAUAAAAUCGCUCGUGAAGAUAAUAAUAGAGAUAAUUUAGAUAAUGAUGUUAGUAAUAUUGACGAAGAUCCAUUCUUAUCACAAAUAGGAUAUCAAGAUGCAGAAUCAUUAAGAAAUGAAGAAGCAUUCUUAAAAAAGUUGGAAGAAAGGGAACAAGCACAAGAAGAAACUCGUAAUCUUAGAAAGAGAAGAAAAAGGUAA